AUGUCAGAAAACGCAUCUGAUAUAUCUGAUAUCGCCCCAAAUCCCGGCAUAUGUCGGAAGUCGAAGACUCGUAAAUCAUUGGAAAAUAAGACCCAGUUCUUGAAGGAUAUAAAGUGGCUGAACUUCGUUUUCCAGAAAUAG